AUGAGCCAUUAGGGCACACACCUAAUACAUGCUGACUUCUGGUGCUGAGCUGACAGAGUUAUCAUGGGAUUUCUGGUAGUUUUACUAACCAUUUUACCAACUAUAGUCAUCUGCCAGCAUGAAGGGGUACUGGACAUCCAGUUUCCCAGCAUACGGGUCAGAGCCCAGCCUCAUGGAAAUAUCUCUUUACAGUCAGGUACAGGAGGUAACGUGCGUCUCACUCCAGGCAAGAAUGGGAGCGUUUUCUUUGAAGAUGUAGACUUGCUGGAGAUCAUUGAAAUUGUAAAGAGCUUGCCUCCAAUGUGGCCGGAGCACGAUUCGUCUGAUAACUUGGGCGUCUUUAGAAGUGGAACGAAUUUUAAGUAUCAGAUGAUGGCACAGGAUCCGGAGGGUGGUAACAUCACGUACCAGCUAGUGGCAGGUAGCCUACCCCCGGGAGUCCAGUUACACCCAGCAGGGGAGGUAAGCGGUGUUCUACCCGAGGCGGACUCUGUGUACCGGUUCACCGUCAGGGCUAUUGAUGUCCACGGGAAGUUCUCAGACUUGACCUUCAGGCUUGAGAUUGAAGCUAAUACCCCCUGUGCUCCUGCCCCGUGCAAAAAUGAUGGUACAUGUGUCCCCAAGACGGACGGAGAUCAUGACUGCCAUUGUAUUCUACCUUUUGGCGGAAAGAACUGCGAGCUAGAUUGUGGGAAGACGGCAUUUGGGGUAGCCGCUAACGUCCGGAAGAUUCCUGAUGCCUUCAUGUCCGCUCAUAACACGCAUGGGACCUAUUUGGCAAGUCAAGGCCGUCUGCUGGAUGCCUCGGGCUGGAUUGGAGCAGAUAACAGCUCCUGGCUUCAGAUAGACCUGGGUAAACCGUCGUCAAUCCACGCCGUGGCUCAGCAGAGCAAAAGUGCCAGCGCUUACACAUCGGUGUUCAAUAUGGAGUACAGCACGGACGGCAACACCUUCCAGGCCUACACUAACGCUGUGGGACAACCAUAUCCUUUGGCGGGAACAGCUACUGCGGCCGUUCAGACCACUGCUCUUCCUCAGCCCGUUACAGCCCGUUUUGUACGCUUCCGCCCUGUCACAUUCACAGGAUAUCCGUACAUGAGAGUAGAAGUCUACGGGUGCCGGAUAUUCGCCUAAUCUUGGGGCAACAUGAGCACUUUUGUGAAAAACUCGUAAAAAUUGAUUUUCUAAAAGAUUGGUUUGUUAAGUGUUUUUCCCUUACAGCAGGACUUUAGUUACCCUAAUUUUACAUUUGAAAUUUGGCUCACAUAUUGAGAUAUUUUGCAAAAAAUUAAACAUCGCGGAAUUUAUUUUUGUGGUUGUAAUGGCCGAGAAUUAUAAUUCUGAAAAUUGCUAAAUAAAUAUCCAAUAAAUCUA